CACACCAUUCGCCUUUCAGUACAUACAGUCAUUGUUCGUUUCGUAUCCAGAUUCAGAACAACAGGUUAUGCGGUACACUGCAAGUGGUACCAAUAUUUUGUCGCCAUCUGGUUUUGCAUUGCUGUAACAAUCUAGGGCACACGACAUCUACUCAAGAUGGCAAACGAACAAACGAAGGAAGAGACUUAUGCUUACUACUACCACACAAAUUACAUCAGAAAUGCCCGCGCCAUCGCGAUCGCCUGGGCCAUUUUUACUCUAUGUUUCUUCAUCAUAGUCCUGGUGGUUUUUGUGCAGCCAUACUGGCUCGGUGAUGGACCCAAUGCCAAUGGAAUAGGGAACUUUGGACUGUACCGAUACUGCACGAGCUACGGUACGACGGGGGCUCAGCCCUCAUGCGAAGGAGGGGUGUUUGGCUUCGCCGGUGUAAGAGGGGCCGAUGGGGAAGUCGUCCCCGCUAUGGUGGCAGCGACUGUCUUCGUGGGAAUUGCUGUUAUUUUGGUGGCCUUAUCCAUUGUGUCCAUGCUCCUUUUUCUCUGCAAAAGCCCCCUAAAAACGGGAACUGUAUUCGCCAUUUGCGGAGCUUUCCAGUUACUUUCAGGUAUCUGCCUUUUGCUUGGAAUUCUGAUAUACCCCAGCGGUUGGAGCCAACACUCUGCCUACAAAGCGCUCUGUCAGGACACCAUCAGUUACACCGACACCAAAGGCUGUGAGCUGCGAUGGGUCUUCUUUCUUGCAAUCAUCGCUGUCUUUGAUGCUUUCAUCUUGGCCAUUCUCGCCUUCAUACUGGCCAGUAAGCAAGGCAAGCUCUACAUGGACAUGCACUUCUCGGACUACUACAAGAAUGGCAAAACAGGUAAUGGAGUUCACCCCAAGCCAAAGAAGCACGGCACAGUCAAUUCCACUAUCUUCAACACCUACCCUGCCGUCCGAGAGAACAACCGACCCCGCAUCAAUGGAUCCGCAGCCAAUGGAACUGCAGGCAGAGGAGACAACACAGAUGGCAGCAGCACCAUCCCGAGAGUCGAAGAUGACGUGUAUGCCCAGGUAAGGCCACGAUCGGUUCGUGAGGCAGAGAGCCACGGGGCUGCCGAUGACGAGUUCUCGAGUACCACCCGCAGCUCCAAGAGCACCGGGAAGUCGACCCGGAAGUCCAACAAUCGAGAGCACGAUGUCUCGGUCUGAAAGUCGGUAUUGAUCUUUGGGCUACAAGAGCAUGCGGAAUGUAGGUUGUAGCAAAUCAUAUGUGCUAGGUGUAUAUAACACUGGUUUAGUAUCUUCCAUGGAUGUGUGCCUAUGAUACCAGCGACUAUGGUCAUCUGAAUGGGGUGGUCGGUGUGGCGGGGAAGAGGGUGAAAUGUGCUAUGUCUAGUGUUCUUCCAAGAAUGUGCAUCGGAUGAUCCAGCCAGAACAUUACAAAAUACGUGAACAAAUAUUAAAAAUAUAAUGAAGUUCCGCUUUUAAAAAUUCCAUCUGCCUUUUAAAUUUCAUAUUGGAUUCAUUUGAUACACUUAGAUAUAUCUGUUCCUAAAUCACAUGACUUUAGGAAUCUUUGUCACUAUGAUGUGGAAUAUCCAUUGUUUCCUGUACACUUAAACAAAAAUG